CAGUCUGGUCCGAAGCCACGAUGGGUGCAAUACCAUGCCUUCUGUUUGUGCUCAUACUCGGGGCAAGGAUACUAGAAAACACCGCGCUACAAUGCUACUGCGACCGCUGCAGUGCUAACUCCAGCUGCACCACAGACGGCGUCUGCUUCGUGGCGAUCCGGCAGGCGGGCAGCCGCCUCACCACGGAGCAGCGGCAGUGCGUCCAUGAGAACGAGCUGAUCCCCCGGGACCGGCCCUUCAUCUGCGCCCCCUCUGUCAAGCAGGACACCGGCAUCUACCCCAAGUGCUGCACCACGGACUACUGCAACAAGGAGCCCGACCUCAUCCCCGUCCCCACAGUGCGGACCCCCCCUCUGGGCCCCGUGGCCCUCGCUGCAGUGAUAGCCGGCCCGGUGUGUGUGCUCUGUCUGCUGCUGGUGCUCGCCUUCUACGUCUGCCACAGCCACCGGGUGGCCGGGGGGGCCGGGGCCCAUCACCACCACCACCACAGGGUCCCCAACGAGGAAGACCCCUCCAUGGACCACCCCUUCAUCACCGUGGGAACCACACUCAAGGACCUGAUCUACGACAUGACCACCUCGGGAUCUGGAUCAGGCCUGCCGCUGCUGGUGCAGAGGACCAUCGCCCGGACCAUCAUCCUGCAGGAGAGCAUCGGGAAGGGCCGCUUCGGGGAGGUGUGGCGGGGGAAAUGGAGGGGGGAGGAGGUGGCCGUGAAGAUCUUCUCCUCCAGAGAGGAGCGGUCCUGGUUCAGAGAGGCCGAGAUCUACCAGACCGUCAUGCUGCGGCACGAGAACAUCCUGGGCUUUAUCGCUGCCGACAACAAAGAUAACGGCACGUGGACUCAGCUUUGGCUGGUCUCAGAUUACCAUGAGCACGGCUCUCUGUUCGACUAUCUGAACCGCUACACCGUCACCGUGGAGGGGAUGAUCAAACUGUCCCUGUCCACCGCCAGCGGACUUGCCCACCUGCACAUGGAGAUCGUAGGGACGCAAGGGAAGCCGGCCAUCGCCCACAGAGACCUGAAGUCCAAGAAUAUCCUGGUGAAGAAGAACGGGACGUGUUGCAUCGCUGACCUCGGCCUCGCCGUCCGCCAUGACUCGGCCACCGACACCAUCGACAUCGCCCCCAACCACCGGGUUGGCACCAAGAGGUACAUGGCUCCGGAGGUUCUGGAUGACUCUAUAAACAUGAAGCACUUUGAGUCCUUUAAGCGAGCCGACAUCUAUGCCAUGGGGCUGGUGUUCUGGGAGAUCGCCAGCCGCUGCUCCAUGGGGGGCAUCCAUGAGGACUACCAGCUGCCGUACUACGACCUGGUGCAGUCAGACCCGUCUGUGGAGGAGAUGAGGAAGGUGGUGUGUGAGCAGAAACUCAGACCCAACAUCCCCAACCGCUGGCAGAGCUGCGAGGCGCUGAGGGUGAUGGCCAAGAUCAUGAGAGAGUGUUGGUAUGCUAACAGCGCCGCCAGGCUAACCGCCCUGCGCAUCAAGAAGACCCUCUCCCAGCUCAGCCAACAGGAGGGCAUCAAGAUGUAGACACACACACACACACACACACACACACACACACACACACACACACACACUCUGACUGGCAUCCAUAUCAUUAGCAUUAGGACCCACCUCCUCUGAAGGGGAGGCGUUUCUCCCCAUUUUAUUUCUCAUCACACUUCACGGAUGGAGCUGAGGAGUGUGUGUGUGUAUGUUUUGCACACAUGGAUGGACCUAACGGAGGCAUUAAAGGGGCUCAUCUUCCUCACAUGAAGGUCUCUCAUCACACAGCAGCAGGAGCUCAGGACCUCCUCCUCUUCAGCAGGGCUGCUGGCUGCACCACCCGGGAAUCAGUCAGGGAUAGAAAUCUGAGUUUAACCUGAAGCUCAGUAGAGAAUGCACCUGAGCAGGUUUCAGAACAACGUGCUCUGUAAAAUAUAAAGUUCGCUAAAGAUUUAUUUUGUAAUCCCAUCAUCACACCAAAAGCGUGACAUUUAAAGGUCUCCUAUUAUGCUCUUUUAUGGCAUAUAUUAUAGGUCUCAAAUAUGUGAAAAAAACUUGUCUCUGACGUGUUUUGCUCAAAAUACCAAACAGAUCAUGCAUUUAAACAUGACCACUGUCCCUCAGUUUGAGCCCCGUUUUCGAAAGAGCUGAUUCUGUGACUGUCGCUUUAAAUUUGAGCUGAGCUGAAGCUGGCCACGCCCCUUUGGAGCUGAAGCUGGUCACGCCCCCUUGGAGCUGAAGCUGGCCACACCCCUUUGGAGCGUCAUGAUCUCUCCUCUGAAGAGAGGAGUUGCUAAACGCUGCCGUGAUUGAACCCCAUAUGAUGUUCCAAACCACAUCCAGCAUUAUUUCUGAAACACUUCUCAGAGUUCACCUCUAGAACAGAGACAUUAUGUUAUGUACAACGACUCUCAGUCCCUCCUGCAGACAUCCUGCUGAACACAUUGACUCACAGAGGUGCUGCGGAGGGGGUUCAGCGUGACUGUAUAUGGGGGACGAUAGGUUGGUACGUGUCACGUGUGCGGGACGUUCAAUGUAAAGCCAGCCCACAUUUCCGAUAUGACGUCAUAACGGCAGCACAUCUGGAUCAGCUCGUUUGUACCCAUGUUUUUAGAGAUGUGGGUACAGAGGAAAAGAGAGGGUUGUAAUUUCUGACACUUUGUAAGUCACCUUACACACCGGGGACACUAAUUUAUGGAUAAAAGACAGAAAAAAGUGCAUUUUGCAUAAUAGGAGACCUUGAAACUAAAGAGUGCAAAGACUUUUAAGAUGAUUGGAAAAUAAAUAGCCUCCAGCUAGCAGCAGUUAGCGUCUGUUAGCAGCAGUAAGCAUAUGUUAGCAGUAGUGAGCAUAUGUUAGCGGCAGUUAGAGUCUGUUAGCAGCAGUUUUUGGAGCAGUUAGCAGCAGUUAGCAUCUGUUUGCAGCAGGUAGCAGCAGCUUGCAACAGUUAGCAUCUGUUAGCAGCAGUUAGCAGCAGUUAGCAUCAGCUUGCAGCAGUUAGCAUCUGUUAGCAGCAGUUAGCAGCAGCUUGCAACAGUUAGCAUCUGUUAGCAGCAGUUAGCAUCUGUUAGCAGCAGCUUGCAGCAGUUAGCAUCUGUUAGCAGCAGUUAGCAUCUGUUAGCAGCAGUUAGCAUCUGUUAGCAGCAGUUAGCAUCUGUUAGCAGCAGUUAGCAUCUGUUAGCAGCCGUUAGCAUCUGUUAGCAGCCGUUAGCAGCAGCUUUCAGCAGUUAGCAUCUGUUAGCAGCAGUUAGAGUCUGUUAGCAGCAGUUAGAGUCUGUUAGCAGCAGUUAGCAUCUGUUAGCAGCAGCUUGCAGCAGUUAGCAUCUGUUAGCAGCAGUUAGCAUCUGUUAGCAGCAGUUAGCAUCUGUUAGCAGCCGUUAGCAGCAGCUUUCAGCAGUUAGCAUCUGUUAGCAGCAGUUAGAGUCUGUUAGCAGCAGUUAGAGUCUGUUAGCAGCAGUUAGCAUCUGUUAGCAGCAGUUAGCAUCUGUUAGCAGCCGUUAGCAGCAGCUUUCAGCAGUUAGCAUCUGUUAGCAGCAGUUAGAGUCUGUUAGCAGCAGUUAGAGUCUGUUAGCAGCAGCUUGCAGCCCUGCUCUGAGUGUCAGCAGCACAGUGAGCUGCAGGUUUCCUCUCCAUCAUCUUCAUCACUUCUUUUAUGUUGUCUACAGCAGGGAGGCGGACGCUCAGUUUAAUUUAUUGAGUUAUUUUUUACGCUCUGGUGGCGCGGGACCUCUCAUUAUUCAGAACAGGAACUGGACUCGAUGACCUCAUCUAUUCACCAUGCUGCAACAUAUGCAAUAUUCAGAGACUGCUCAGCCUCUCCGCCGCCACCAUGCCUUCCACCGGCUGCUACCGGACCGUGCUUUAAAUACAACACCCCCCCCCUCACGUGCACGCAGAUCUGUGCACGUGACCUAUGCACCCCCCCGCCCACUCUGGUGCCAUAAAUCCAACCCCCCCCUCAGCAUCGGCUUCUCCACCUAAAGGACAUCUGUGGCGGUCCCUAUAAGAGUAGACUGUGGGUUUGGUUCUUCUCUGGUGUGACCCCCUCCUCUUCAGCGUGAGGUUCAUUUGAAUAUAGCAAACGGAGAUUUACUAAGCCAUAGAUUUUCCAGGAUGUGUGUGAUUAUUAUUUAAGGUCUUUUUCUACUAGAAUGUACAAAAACACAAGAUAAAAAAAGACAUUUGAGCUUAGCGAGCCUUAAGGGACCAACAUAAGAGUCAGCUCUUAUCAUUUCUUUGUUUUUUAUGGAAAAGAUAUCUAUAUAUAUAUAAACAUAUAUAAUUAAUUGCUAUGAUAAAGGUAGUGUCAUUAUUCUAAAGGACAAAAAACAUCUAUGUAGCACCUGAUUGAGUUGUUAGACAGACUGCCCCACAGGUGAGCUCUUCAUCCUAUCGACAGGUACCCCUGUAUCAGACCCCUAUCAGAUCCUAGUGAGAGUCUCGUUCAGCAAUAAGUGCACUUCUGAACCGGCUGGUGUCUGUGUGGCAGUCUGUCUGUGUUUCUUAUGAUGCAGAGAGUGUUGAUGUGCUGCUAUGUGUUGUCCUCCUCUUCCUCCCCGUGGAGGAGAGGCUGCCGUUGGAUGUAAAUACUUUCAGAUCGCCUCGAUCUGAUCUCUGUGCCAUGUUCCUCCUCACCUUUCAGAGUGUGUGUGGAAGAGAUAUCAAGAACAUUUAGAGGGUGGAGUGUGCUGCGGAUCAAAACAAGCUAUCAGCUGAUGCUCCUCUUCCUACAGCUCUUCCUAACAGGACCCACUAUCAGUUCAGUUUUUAAAAUAAAGUUGUCCUAAGUGGAUAAGCAUUAUGUUUCCUUUGCAAAAGACACUCACCUUGGCUCCAUUUCUGCAAUCAUUCAAGCAAUUUCUCCACUUCCAACAUAUUUUAUUAGUACAAAUUGACGCUGAUGUUCUUAAGGUUCCCUUUGUCCUGCUUAGAAGCUGAGACACUUUCUUGUGUGCAGGAGGAAGCCGCCUUGGCUCUACUUGAUUUCUUUAAACACUUGGUCCACUUCCAAUCUGAUUUAUUUUAUCCAAAUUGACCCAGAUGUCCUACAGUUUCUAUCCUCCCUGCAGGCGGUUGAAGCUGAGCUGAGAGAAGGAUAAAACCCAAGUUAGUUAUGAUUAAAUCACAGAGACAGUUAGUCAUCUGCAGAGGAAGAAUUCAGCUGGCUCAAUAAUCUGCAGCCUCUCUAAUCGUAUAUUUGGACGUCUUUUCUCGCUCCUCCUGCAGGGUUGUCUGUCUGUUAGGAAGAGGUGUAUCUGUGACAGCAUGCCUCACACACACUGUCAAACUGCAGCCUCUCAAAGUGUACAGAACAUGUGUAAAGUCACAUAUCCCUCAUCAGGAGGCCAUUGCUCCGGCGGUCCCUCGGCAGACGUUGGUCAUAAGACGAGCAGACGCGCUGUGUUGCAGAAAUCUUAAAUAUGUACAAAGGUCAGCAUUACUGUAAAUAUCUGGAGGACACAAAAGAAGAUCCUGAUGUGGGAAGAAGGCAAAGUGGAUUUCGCUGCUAUAUUGAAUACAAAAAGGGUCUCAGACUAUGCUGAUUAAUGUUUAAUGUGUACUAAAGUGGCCAAACUGGACUGGAAACCUUCAUGUGUUAAUGUGGGGGGGGGGGGUAGUUUCCAUAUUAAAGUCAUUCUCUGGGACAUCAGCAACAACAAAAGCUCAACACACCUCGGGUACGAGACCUUCAUCUGUCUUAAAGUCACCAGCAGCCUUCUUUCUUUCUAACCCAGGAUGACUUACUGUACAGUUCCUCGCCUUCUCUCUCUGGUCAUUCCAUGUUAACAGGUUUAUCUCCGAGCUACAGCGCUGCAGCCGGCCCCCCAACAGUCCCCAAACAGCCCCUUUCAUCUGAACCGGGUAGGCCUGAGACUAAACUUAAACACGGGGUAACAGAGCACACUUUGGGAUAGUGAGUCUGAGAAGGAGAUCACAGGCUUUGGCACAAAAUGAACACCUUAAAUGUAUUAUUAAAGUGCAACUAUGAAUUGAAGUUCUUUUAAUAUUAGACAGAACAAGUGGAGCAGGUAGCAGGGCUCUCACGCAUCCUCAAUAUUUUUAGAAUUUCAGCAGAAAUCAAGGUAUUGACAUUUCUCAAAAACAGACAUAAACAAAUGACUGUCUGUUGAUAUGGUUUUGUUUACUUAAUGUUAGUAUAUUUGCAUGUUUCUCUUUUUGCACAUCAGCGUGCAUGAGUGAGAGCUAGUGCUAGUGCUCAGUGUUGUAUCUCAGACUAUGCUCUUACAUUGAAUUUGAAGGAAUUUGGCCUCGAAAAGUAAUUAAAUCUGAAGACUUAAGAAGGCAUGGAUCUUUUUAUUAGUGUGGUGGAUGAUCAGGGGUAGAUUGAUGGUUCUACAUUCAUAAUUAUAAGUAGAUUUAUGAAACAAAUGCAGCAUUUUUGAGGGUGCAAAGUGUGCUCUGAUAUCCCUCUAUGCAGACGAUGUGACGGUUUACACAUCUGAUCGUCGUCAGGUUCGUUUCCCUGGAAUGUAACCUGUAAAUCCUAAAGUCGACUAUAUUUCAGUCAGUUAAAGAGUUAUUGAAGCACUCUUGGGGGGCGUGAUGAUGAUGAUGAUGAUGAUGAUGAUGAUGGAGGGCCUGAUGGUGGGGGGGGGGGGGGUAACUAUCUAUGCCAGCAGCAGCCUCACCCGCACUGAGAAAUCCCACAGCUGUGAAUGUACCGGCCUCUCAGAGUCUCUCGUUAUGCAAAGCUGCAUCACACACACCUAUCUAUGCGAGCAGGAUCCACACACUGUGAGGGGAGGGGGGCAGCACCUCCGCCCUGCAGGGGGCCCUCCAUCAGGUCACAUACAGGCUGGGGGGGGGGGGGGGGGUAGGUCUGCAGCAAGUCUGUAGCACAAAGCUUUAUCAUGUUUUAUUUGGUGCCUCGGUUUUCUCUGAAUGAAACUGCAUGAUGUGUCGAUGUCGGCUUUGUAGAUGUCAUCCGAACGCUGAGAAAUUAACGAGCAUAUUAAAGGUCACGUAAUCAAAAGAAAAUACCUCCUCUCAAGACCAAUGUGUUUUACCUCACUGUAAAUAUAUCUGUUUACUCCAGUCGAUCUUCUCUUUUGUUUCUAUGAAAUGCUUAAACUCUGGAGGGUUCCUCCUCUUCAGCGUGUUGUGUUGUGCAGCAGAGUGACCACGCUGGCAGGUGUGUGUACGCUGGCAGGUGUGUGUACGCUCAGCGCUUUACUACGCCCCCUGCAGGCCGCGGGAAUAAUGCCUUGUUCAACAUGUCUUUUGUUUCAUGAAAAAAUAAGAGAGGGUGGAGGGGGUGUCUGUGGACCUCCACCCUCAGUUUCUAAACAUAUUAUAACCUUUUUUAUAUAGCGUGUACAGACGAGCGACAGGUCAUAGGAAUAGAGGAUUGACACGUAUGUUAACUUCUAACAUAGCUGGAGUAGAAAUGGUGUGAAUAAAGAAACGCAGUUUCACUACAA